ACAAGAAAAAUAAUCUACAUCAUCAAAAACAAUUCGAAAGUCCUGUCUCAAAUUCUGUGGGAAUUGACAAAUGAAAAAUUUCUGUGGACACUGAAGGAUUUGAUCUGUAGCUGGGAUUGAUGUAAAAAUAAAAUACACAGAUAUCAAGCAGAAAAAUCCUAAACUUAUGUUUCUAUAGUUGUAAGAAAGAAUGGGCUUUAAAGAAGUGAGAAAUUGUACUGAUAAGAUGGUGAAGGGUUCAUAAUGUAGGGGUGGGGUUGUAUGGAGUGAGCUGAAAGUUCAGAAGUUAUAACAAAAAUACAUCUAUGCAUGUGAGACACAAGCCCAUUGGACAAAAAUAUCCACAGGGUAGUAGAAGUGAGUAAAGGUGAUAGGUUAGAAAAGCAAAAUAAACCUGUGACAACUCUGAUAGUUUGGAAAGUUCUGUAUUGUCUUGUAAUAAAGAAAUUGACUACUCUGAACUAUGGCUCACUCCUCUAAAAUCUCACAGCCUCCGAGACUGAGGUUUAUCUGAGCAAUAAAUUGUUCCUAGCUCCAAAAUAGUCCCAUCCCUUCAUUAAAAGCAGCAGCAAUGAUAAAAUUCCUUCCCAAAUUCCCCACAAGUGAAUUAUCACCCCUUCCUGGCAGGAUGGACUUCCCCAUCUGGCCUUGGGCUAGGGAUAGCUGGACUGGAGGAGCCAAGUGAGGGGGGCUAGAAAUGAGUUUUGUGUAUAAAUGCAGCUUUGGCAGACCUGGUAACUGCUUUUUUGGGGGAUUUUUGUUGCUUUUGACCAGGAGAAGUUGGUCCUUAGGAGCCUUGAUCCCUUCCUGCACGCCAUGCUGCUCGCUCCAGAGGAGAGAACCUGGCUGCUGAUGCCAAGGACAUGGUCCAGGUGCCACCCUUGGGCAGUGCCAGCCACAGAGGGGAUGUGUUUGCCUGGCACAGGUGCAUUCCCAGUCUCAUAGAGGUGUGGAGGUGCCCCACCAACACCUACAAUGUGAAACCUGGGGAGAAUUCCUAUCACUGUGCAGUGAAUAGCAGGAGGCAAACCAUGGACACCCAGUUGUUCUCCCCAUUCCUGGGAGCAGUCCCCAGUCCCCCCACGCCCCCAGAGCCCUCCCAGCUGUGCAGGGACUGGCUGGGAUGUGCUGAGGAUUUUGGAUCCCAAGGUGCCUUCCAGGAGUGCCCCAAACCAAGGACACCAAUAAAUCUUUCUUACUCUGGCAAUGGCCCUGAUGUGUUUGGGUUGGUGUCGAGCAUUUUAGAGGAGCCAAACAAGGCAGAGCCAGUGACAGAUUGGAAUUCUCUGUCAAGAUUGUUCCCCCCUAUGUGGGCACCUGAUCUGGGCAGCAAUGGGGAGUUCCCAGGGCUGCCAGCUCAGCACUGGCUCCAAACCAAGGAUUUUCCCAACCUGCUGGGCUCCAGCUGCCAUCAGGAACCGCUGCAGGAGCCUCCUGAGGUGGAGAUGCUGCACAGAGGUUUGGGGGACCUUCAGCUCCUGGAGUCUUGGCUCUCUCCCUGUGCUCAUCCCAGCAAUGCCCUGAGGAACCCUGACCAUCCCUCCUUGCAGAACAGCACCACAGCUCCCCAGGGUGGGGUUUCCUUCCCAAGUGGGGGCUGGAACCAGCAUUUGUGCCCCUCUGACCAGGGGAGGUUCAAUGGAGGUUAUGAAGAAUGUGGGUCCAGUUUUAGCCCUUUUUCUCCUCAGAACAGGAUGAAGGAAAGCCCCAGUGCCCAGAAGGAGUUUUGGAAAAGAGGAAAAGCUCUGAAAAAUUAUGGACAAACUAAGUAUUCCCCUGAUCUUUCCAAUCAGCCUGGUGAUAACUCUUGGGAUAAAAUACCCCAGGACAGCCACCUGUUCUCUAGGAGAUAUGAGAACUUCCCAGCUGCUCACAAGCUGCAGUCACCUGUCCAUCCAUCCCUCCAUUUUUUCAAUCCACCCCCUAAGGAAAAUAUAUUUUCUGGAGGAACAGGCAGAAAACCCCAGGAAAGCCAUGUGCAAAAUGGCCAUUGUGGCUUUAUUUUGGGGGAUGCUUUUAAUAAUAAUAAUAAUAAUGAGUGUAAAGUGAAUAUGGGCCCUAAGGAAAGCUCUCCUCAAGCAGCUGAAUGUGAUUUAUCUGUGAAAAACUCUGUGCAAAAUGGGAAUUACUCCUCAUACCAGGGGUGUGCAUGGCUGGAUGUGAAGAGUCUGGCAGCUGCUGCAUCUGAAAUUCCACAUGGAAAACAAAUGGCAACGAGCCCCCAGUCCUCAUCAGGGGUUUCCACCAUGUCUGGGGGCUCUCCCACCCACCAGCCUUUCACACAGCCCUCCUUCUACUCCCAGCUCCUUCCCACCCUUCCUCCCAGGAAAGAUGGGACGUUACAGACAUCAAAUGGAGUUUCCAGUCACUUGGGGGUUCCUCAUUUCAUCUCAGAGAGCCAGAAGCAGUUGAGACCCAUUGGGAGGUCCCAGGAGGAUGCCAGGGUGAACAAGGACGGGCGGCGCCGCAAAUUCCCCGUUCAAUUUCCACCUGACUGCCUCGUGCAGCAGAAGGCUGCAGGUGAAGACUCUGCUGAGAAAUACCACAGGUUCCCAAAGGGGCAGAGCCAGGAAAGUGGCAGUAAAGAUGACAGAAGAGGUAGAAGGAAUUGGAUCCCUCAUUUGGGAUCUACAGCCCCAAACCGCCAGCCCUUCAACGCGUAUCCGAAGAAGCACGAGCAGAGCGGUGGCAGCUUGUCAGAUGUAAUCAAUCCUUCUCUGCUUCCUUCCUUCCCAUUCAUGUCUGAUUUUAAACAAAAUCCCAGCUUCCCUCCAUUUAAUCACCAACUGUUUCCAUCAGCAAACACUUUCAAUUUCCCUCCGCCACCGUUCCCAUUCUCGGACCUCGUCGAUCUUUUUCACUGCGACGACUUCAACCCCUUGAGUCCCUUCAUGGGUGAGCUGUUCCCUGGGGAAAUCCCUGUCCCCUGCUUUGCCUUCCCAGCCCCAUUUAACAAGUUCAGACCUCCCAGGAGCCACAGCGGCCCCACUAACGAGCUCCACGUCCGCCUGGAGGAGUGUUACGAGCAGUGGAGAGCUUUGGAGAAGGAGAGGAAGAAGGCUGAGGCUGACCUUGCAAGACACUUCCCAGGGCAGCCAAGCCCCAGCCCUGUGCCACGGCUCCCUGUGAAUCCAUCCCGCGUGGAUCGCCUGCUCGCCGACCAGGCCUGCCAGCGCGCCCGGGUGCUCGCACUGAUAGGAAGAAUGGAGAGGCUUUGUGGUGCUCCCCUGCACAGGAACAUCUCCAGGACCUUGGAGCUGCACCUGGAAGCCAUUCAGGUGGCCCAGGCACGUCGGAAGGAUGAGAUUGGGAAUGCUGCAAACCCCCAGAGUCACAGGGGACCACGCUACAGCAACGAGAAAGGUGUGCUGGCCCUGGCAGCUGCCCUGCGAGCCCUGGCCGGAGCCACGCGCAGGGCUCGCACCGCGCUCUGGUGCGCGCUGCAGCUGACUCUGCCCAAAUCCCCUCCUGCUGGACCUGAAAACCAACAACAACUCCUGCAAGAGCUUCGUUCUUCAAGCACAAGCAGCCAGGAAAAAAGCAGCCUGGAGCAGGAAAGCAGAGGAAGUGAAAAAGCUGAGGAAGCCAGGAAGAUUUUGGAAUAAUCGGCGAUAAUAAACGGAAAGCUGAGGAUGGGGAGGGAAGGGCUCAGGUCCUGCCCAGCAGCGCCAGAGGUGGAUUUCAUUGGAUGUCAGGAAGGGGUUAAUUAAAAAAAAGGGGUUAAUUAAGGUGCCUGGUCAGUGCUGCAGUUGUGGUACUGUGAUUGUGGUGUGGAGAGACACAGCUUGUGGGAGUGUUGAUGCAGUUUAACAUUGCAGGUGUCUGCUGCUGAGAAUUGUCAUGUUCAGAGGAGCUGAACAAGAGCUGAGCUCUCCUCCUGUGCUUACCCAAGGCUCUGAGCCCAGCCAGGACCUGAACAACCAGAGUCUGGUAGAACUUAAUUUAGGGUAUUUAAAGGUACUCAGUAGUCAUUCAGGGUUUCUUUUAUUUUCAUUUUUUGCACCAUGUGUAGUUCUUUCCAGAGCCAAAGUGAUCACUGAGUAGCUUGCACCCCAUCACUGUGUCAGGAGCAAUCCAUGCUGCUGUGGUGGUGUUUUUUGGGACAGGGUCUCUCUGUUUGACAGGAAUAAUCAGUGUUCAGUGCUGGUUUUCAGAGAGUUUUGUGCUGCCAGUCCAGUUUCCAGCAAAACCAGUGUGAGCUGAGCUUUCCCAUAGAAUUGUCCACUCUGGUUUUUCCAUUAAAAAAGUGGAUUUUUGUAGCUUUGCAGUGUGAACUGCAUGGAAGUGCACAUUAGCAGGUGUUAGUAAACUUGCUCAGGAUUAGAAAUCAGAUUUAUUGGUUCCUCAGUGGGGUUAAAACCAGUAACACUAUAACACAGUAUGCACUUAUAUAUAAAAAAAUAUUAUUUGUUACUAAUAUGUGUUCAUGGUACUAUAAAUUUUUUCAGACACAUUCCAUAUUUAUUUUAAUGCCUUCAUUGAAUGUUUCUUUUAAAAAUCUAUUUUAGUAAUAUGAAGUUAAAUAUUUUGCCAAAUCUUCAGAAUUAUGAGAUUUAAUGAUUUACUCAGGAACUCUGUACAUUAUUAUAUAAAUAUACACGUGGUAUAUAGGGUCUUUUUUGGGAAAGGGAUGUUUGCAAAAUAUUUACACAAAGCUAAUUAUGUACUAGGUUACCAAAGCUCUUUCACUGAUUAUUUUUAUUGGUGUGGAAGGUUUAAUAUAUUUAAUUGCUGUUCAUUAGUCUCCCUUGUGUGGCUUAGACAAUCAGAGUGUGGUUGUUCAGGGUGAAAACUAGUAAAGAAUAAUUAAUUCAAGCGGUGAUCUUAUGGCAUUUAGGAAUAUUUUAAUGCUUUAACAACUGUCUCACUGUUCCACAAUCUCCUAACAUGUACUAAUAAUUAAGGUUCUUGAGUGUCAGGAGAUUAAUGAACAGAUUUGGAGAGCAGUUCUUGAGUUAAAAGUGAAUUAAGUUGGGGAUAUAAGCAACACUUGAAGGACAAAAAUGAAGAUUUUUAUGUCAUGUGGUGUUCAGUGUCAAAUUUGACAUUUUUGUGGGUAAUUAUAGAGCUGUUCAUGUAGAUAUUUGUACUUGCAAAAUUGUUCCAAAUGCAGUUGUGUGGUUCUGGAUCUGUGGAUGUUUCUAGAGCAGAUUUUGUCUCAGUAGUGCCAUCCUUAACUCUAUUGAGGCGUGGAAAUUUGUAGCUAUAAUUCACCCAGGCCUCACUGUAAUCCACUGGGUGAAGUUUAAAAGCAAAAGUAGAUAGAAAUCUGAUAAUUAGUAUAGCAAAAUUAUGCAUUUUCCCCUAAAAGAAGUGAAUUCCACUUAAAAGAUUAUUUCAAGCCCUAGCCUAAAAAACAGGUACCAGAGUUAUUUUAGUGUUUUCUCACUGUGUACGUGGAAUUUAGUUGCACAAACUAAUUUAAGAAGGUUCAAUCUGCAUUUGUGAAGCUGAUUGUACUCCACAGCUUAAAAGUGGAGUUUGCAGGAUUUCAGUUCCUGGGUGAUUUGGGGGCUUAAUUACCCAAAUUAAAAUUAAUUUACCAUUGCUGUGCUGAUAGGAAAUCAGAAUUUCAGAGUCUGGGUCUUGGGGUUUUUUUCUGUUGACACAGCCAGGGUUGUUUUGUCGUGGUGAAUGUUUAGGGUGUGAUUGGUUCUUAUUGUACUACUCACCUGUUAAUUAAUGAUCUUAAUUAACUGAUAGUUAAUGUGCCUUUAACAAUCUCAUUUUUCCAGAGCGUUAAAAAGCUGUGUGGUCACUUCUGGUUCCAAUUUCUGUUUAAAAAAUGCGUUUUUAAAGGGUUACACGUGACUGCAAUUAGCUGGUGUUGUUAAUUAUGUUAAUUGCACUCAGGAGCUGCUCCAGGCUGGGUUCCUAAGGGAGCUCUGGGCUCUGGAAUGUCCCCCUGGAUCAUGUGCUGGGUCAGCUGCUCCUGCUCAUGCCCUACAAAUGCUCCUCUUUCACUUGGCCUCGCUCACUUUCCUUCACAAAAACUCCAGCUCUUCAAACAGAAAUAAGGUUUUAUUUAAAAAAAUAAGUUUUAAUAUUUUUUUUAGUGCUCUUUUCUUUGAAGGACUUGGCCAUGGACAGCAGCAGACCUAGAAGGAAUUUGUGUCUUCAGUUCCUAAUUUCAGAAUGCUCCACUUCUGUUGUUUUAUUACAAAACCUUUUGAAUUUUAAGGGGGAAAAAAACCACUUUAUUUUGUGAAAUAACACCUGGAGUUGCAGUGGCUCUGUCAGUCAGAACAUCAUUUUUGCUGCCUGGUGUUUAAUUUUGCUGCAAGGUACAAAUCCUGCAAGUCUUGCACUGAGUUUUUGGUGUGAAUAAGCACAAGUAGAAUGCUUGUGGGUUUAGGGGAGUAAUUGUAUUCACAUUUUAUUGACUUCAGGGAAAGCAGAAUUGAGGAUUGUGGUCACAUUUAAGCCAAAGAGGUGGUUUUGGUUAGGAGUUGGUUUUGAUUUUUAGAGAGAGAAAAAAAAAUUGCCCCUUUCCCUCCUCAUUUUGAGAAGCUAUCAGGUAAAAUUCAGUUUAUUCCCCUUUUUUCUACCUCCACCCCUGCAAUCACCUUUCAUGAGAUUUAAUUAUUUGGGGUUUUUGGCCUGUUUUGAAAUACUUUAAAAUUUUGGGGGUGAGCUGAAGAAGGUGGCAGAGCUGUAGCCAGUCCUGGUGGCAGGGACACUGGACUGCUCCUCUUGAAAUAAAAACACCCAGCUGUCCCUUUUUAAAUCAGGAUUAUUACCAGGGUGCUUUUUGAUAGCUGCUAGUGAACCUGUAAUGCUUUAAAAUCCCAAAUUGAUUGUCCAGUACAGCAUAGACUUCAGAAUUACAAUUAUUUCUGCAUUCUGUGUAAAUAACUGAAGGGGUUUGGUGAUUCACCCUUAUUAAUUCUCAGAAGGGAGGCCAGCAGCAGGGAAGAACUCUUAAUUAUUUAUUUUUUACUUUAUUUUUUAACUCUUUUUUUUUUUUUUUUCUGCUUAUAGGUUUUGUACCUCUGUUUUUCUGUACCCACAGGGUCCCUCUGGCAGUGAAGUUGCUCUGAUGCUAUUUAUAUAAACCAAAACUCAGAAAUUGGGAAUUAUUUAUUAUUUCCAUGAGAGCAGCAUGCAGGGAGGUUAUUUGAGUUCAUGCUGCUUGUCCUGCUGUGGCCUUUUCAGGAGUGGGUGACUUUAAUCCCCAAACUGCUGCUAUUGCAUUUUUAUCCUUUUUAAACUGAAUAUUUUUCUUUGCUGCUGGAAUUUGCCACCAGGACCAACAUUUUUGUCUGUCCCUGGGUAUGUGAAAUUUGAGAGUGGUUUGAAAUUUGAGAACUGCUGCUCCAGUUCAUGCUAAGUCUCUUAUGGUUAUUUCUUUUGAAGGAAAUCAAUGUUUGAAGGUGGGGAUUUGGUGAGUGAGAGGUUUGCUGAGGGAUUUCUUUUUGCUGAGAAGAGUCCAGGUUUUUGCACUUUUCCAUAGCUCAACUUCCUGGCAGUGUCUUUGACCUGCAGCCCUUUUUUUUGGGAUAAAAAGGAGGAAAAGGGAGCUUCAAGAAGGAAGGAGCCCAAAUUCCAGUGGAGAAUUCUCUUCUUUUCCCUUCCAUGUUCAGGGAGGGCUUGAGGGACCAGGAAUCUUGGCUUGAAUCAAGAUUCUUUUCCCCUCUGGAUGCUGGCAGGGUGCAGAUUUGGGCAGAGUUGGUUUCUUCCUGCCCUGCCCUGGUGGCCAACCUUCCUGCCAAAGGGGCCAGGACAGGGCUUGGGGACAGCUGGCCCAGCCCAGGACACGAGGUUGUCCCUCUGGGAUCAGGAUCAGCUCCUCUCCUGGCUGCUGGCAGGAUUUAAUUGAUUUAUUAUUCCCUGUGCAGUUUAUCCAUUUAUUUCCCAGACUUGGGAGGUGACACAGAGCGAGGAGAAGUGAGCACAGGAUGGGUUUGGUUGUGGUUCAUGUCUGUUCUUCCCCCAGGGGCAGAAUCCACCUUGGCUCUGUGAGAUCUUUACUGAGUCACCAUUAAGUCUUAGCUCUGAUUCUGCAGGAAGUUGGAUUUUGGUUUUGUUGAAAUACUGUAAAAAUUAUGCAACAAACAGACCUUAAGCCUAUAUGUUUAUUUUUUAAAAGUUUUAUUUUUGCCUGCUCUGGAAGCUGGGCAUUGGAAUAUUUUUCUUUUUUAUUUUUUGUCCCCUUCUUUAAGAGUUUCAAUUUUCACAAAUGCUGCGAGGUGGCACAGCCCAAAGCAGUGGGGUUUGGGGAUUUUGUUCUUUAUUUCUGUGGCAGAGUAUGUGCUCUUAGCUGCAAAACUAAAUGUUGAAUUCUUUAUGGCCACAGUCUGCUACAGAUUUAUUCAUUUAUUUUUCCUAAUGGAGUCGUUGAAGUGGAAAAACUUUGAGUUAUUGAUUAUUUAGUGUUUGUAGAUUGAGCAGGAGCAGGGAGCACUUCCCAUCAGUCAAUAUGAGGGCAGUUGACUGUGGAAUAUAUAUUUGAAUUAUUAUUUUUGAAUAAUUGGGCUGCUGAAGAGCUGAGUGUGGCCCUGCUUCCAUUGAAGCCCCAGCUUUUAAGAGAUUUCUGUCUUGAUUUGGGUUUGUUGCUUUGCCUUGACUUCAGGAGCUCAUUAAACACAAACUCAGUGACUCACCUUGAACUUCUUUCAAGAAACUCUGGAGGGAUGAGCUCCCAGCCUCUUUUAGAAGGAUUCUUGGAAUUGGCCUGGAUAAUUUUGAUUUCUCUCAAAGCUGAGGAAUGUACCUGCUGCAAGAACUGGGGGUUUUCUGGCAAUUUUUGCACCUUGUUUUCUCCUGUUCUGCUUCGAGGGAAAUUGAGCCUUAACCAUGCAGAGACUUGAUUUAUUAUUCCCUGUGCAGUUUAUCCAUGGCAGUCACCAGCACUUUUUGGGUUUUGGGGUUUUUUUUUUUUUUUUUUUUUGGUUUGUAGCACUUGAGAUAUCAAUUAUUUUUUUGGUAGAGAACUGCUUUGUAAUUUUCUAAAAUAAAAUUAUAACUUUGCCAAGCAAAUUUAUCAGUGCUACAGAAUGGAAGGUCCUUAUUUUACUUCAUUAGCAAUACUGUAAUUAAAGGUGCAAAAUAAUGUGUUUAAUGUACUUGUCUGUGCUGUUAGAGAUGGAAAAUAAUUGGGUUAGGAGCAACUUCUAAACAAAUUGAGGAACUAGAGUCAUAAAUCCUCUUUGCUUGUUGCCAAAUGAGCUUUAAAAAGGAAAAUACUUGCAUAUAGUGUAUUUUAAAAAAGCACUGGUUAGAGAGAGAGUAAAUCAGAAUAAAAAUCAUUGCCAGACAAAGAUUGCUUUGUUUUUUGCUGACCAAAACACAACUUGUUUAUGCACAAUAGUUACUUAAUGAGCAUAGGUUUUUUCACAGAAUUAGGCUGUUUCCAAUAUAUAGAUGGGAAAAAUAAGUUUCCUUUUAUUUUUUAUGACAGAUACACAAAGAUGAACAGUGUCUCUAUUUUAAUAUUACUGUUUGAAGUGUAUCACUUGCCUGUGUGUUGGUCAAACUCAUUUCCUUAAAAUGCCCCAUUUUACACUGCUAGUGAAAUAUUACUGAAGGAGAUUUUGGUUGGGCCCAACAGAAAUAUGUGAAAUUAUAACUUAGCUGAAAAAACUUGUUGAUUAUGCAAGAUUUUAAUCAUUAAUCAAUUUAGGCUUAUUUAAGUGUUUCUGUAAAACAACUGUGGAUGUUUGAACGCUGCAAAAAUCUUACUUCUACCUCUUGUGUAACAUCCUUAAAAUUCCCCUUCACAGAUGUGCUCUGAUGCCACAGGGUGUUGUGCACCUUAACUUGGGAAUUUCUUCUGCUUUUCCUUUUCUUUUAUUUAUUUUUUUAUUGUGGACCACCAGGAUGCCUUGCUAUGUCCACCUGUACUGAACUGAUGGGGUUUGUGUCACGUGUGUGAGUCUUCAGAAACAGGAGAAUUCUGUAAUAAGUCAUGGCCAGUGUAAUUUUUGGUAUUUUCUAUGUAUGUGGUUGGAUUCCUUUUAUUUAAACAAUCACCUGUAUUGUGUGGAUGUCCCUAAUAAAUGGUGACAGCUUGUUUAGAUCCACUCACACUGUUUCUCAUGCUGAAUUUCAGUUUGGUAAUUCUACCUUGAAUUGACCUGUUCUGUGACAGAAAUUAAAACCCUUUGUGUUUUU